GGCGGAGGCUGGAAUCCGCCGACGGCACGGAUGGAGAAGUUUGGUCCUCUCUGGCCACCGUGGCGGCAAUAUGGCUGCGCCCACAGAGAAGGGAGACGGGUUCCGAAGCCGAGCGCCAGCUCCCUGUCGCUCGCGCAUGGACCUCAGCGCAGAGUUCCGCCGAUGGAAGGCGCAGAGUCUCAGCAAGGCGGACCUCAGCCGGAAAGGCAGUGUGGACGAGGACGCGGCGGAGGUUGUGGAGCUGCUGAAUUCGCGGGAAGAGUUUUUCACCACCAGCUCCUGCGCAGGCCGUAUCCUCCUCCUGGACGGGAGCACAGAUGGUUCUGGGGUUCGGAAACAGCACUGCUGCUGGCUACUGGUUACCCACAAACCUUGUGGGAAAGACAAUGUGAUGGCAGCUCUGAAGGGUUCCACCAGCAAUGCUGUUUUGAAGUUUGAACCGUUUAUCCUCCAUGUGCAGUGCCGGACACUGCAGGACGCACAGACCCUGCACUCGGUGGCCGUUGAUUCUGGCUUUAGGAACUCUGGCAUCACAGUGGGAAAGCGGGGAAAGACCAUGCUGGCUGUGCGGAACACACAUGGAUUAGAAGUUCCACUAAGCCAUCAGGGGAAACUGAUGGUGACAGAGGAAUACAUUGAGUUCCUAGUGACUAUAGCAAAUCAGAAAAUGGAGGAAAACAGGAAAAGAAUUGGAAGUCUUUUUUACUGUGGUAAAAUAUGUGUAACAGAAAUUUACCAUUUUAACCAAUGGCACCCACAUCCACAUCAUCAGUAACCAUCACCACCAUCCAUCUCCAGAACUUUGAUCAUCCUGAACAGAAACUACCCACUGAGCGCGGCCUGCCUCCCUCUGUCCUGCAGCUCCUCUGACCGUUUUCUAUGUGUGUGAGCUUGGCCACUCCAGCCACUUGGUUUUGCAGUCUGUCCUGUUGUGUGCUGCUGUCUUAGUGCAUGCCUGUGUGGUGGUGGUGGUUUUGUUUGUGGCAGUACUGGGUCUUGAACCUAGGGCCUUGUGCAUGCUUUACGAGAGGCUUGCCGCUGAGCUACAUCUCCCCGACCAGCCAAACCUUAAGGGCUCUCCUACGCCGUAGCAGUAGCAGUCACUUCUCUCUUCCAAACUGGUGACACUCCCUUGUAUUUGGGAACCAUGUUUUGUUUCCCGUUGUUGCAGAGAUUUGUUUGUGUUUUCACUGAGACUGCCCAUGGAGUGGACCAUAGAGUUUUCUGGCCAACUCAGAGGAGAUUGAAGGCCGAAGAGAAUAAGGAGGGGCUAAAAAUGUGCUAAAAAGAUUCCUUUUUUGGUAGGAAAGGUGGAGAAGAGGGUGAGGUGAUCUUUGCUCCAUCCCUCCAUGAAUCAAUCAGGUUUACUCCCUAAUAUUUAACUCCCAAGCUUUAUUGAAUAAUAAAACAUUAAAAGAAGCUACAG